UGAGUUACAUUCAUUUGAAUGUUGGUCUAGUUGAGUCCUCAUGCGUCGGUGGAGGAUGAGAGGGCUACGCAGCAGCAGCAGCAGCAGCAGCAGCACUAUGAGUCUCCUGUGUGCUCUGUGGCUGCUCACCAUCUGUCUGGCUCCUGGAAGCCAAGGCCAGAGGCUUGGGGAGACGGAGGGUGAGCAGCCAGCAGCCAGGGCUGAAACCACUGAGAGGGAUGCACUCUGCCACCAGGAGGGAUGCUACGCCGUCUUCCUCCAGAGGAGAACCUUCCGGGAGGCGGGCCGCAGCUGCCGGGAGCGUGGUGGAACCUUGGCAACAAUGCAUGACGACCAGGCGGCGGGUGUGGUCCACGAGCUACUGUCGUCUGUGGAGCCGCAGGGGAGCAGAGUUCGGCUUCGCCUCUGGAUCGGAUUGCACCGACCACCGCGCCAGUGUUCCUCCACACGACCCCUCCGAGGAUUCGUCUGGGUCACAGGAGAUCUGGAUGGCCAGUAUACCAACUGGCUCCGUGAUGACGUUCCAGGGUCAUGCGCGGCUCCCCGCUGCGUGGCCAUGACAGUGCAUGCCUCCGAGAGUGCACGGAAGAGUAACGACAAUUUCCGCUGGCUGGAUGGCUCAUGCGGUCUGGGGCUGGACGGAUACGUCUGCCAGUACAACUACAGAGCAAUGUGUCCACCUCUGGAGGAUGAGGGCGGAGGUCUGGCUAUUUACACCACCCCGUUUCACCUGGUCACCACCUUGCUGACCCAUGUCCCCUUUGGAUCGAUAGCUACUCUCCCCUGCCCUGGGGAUGAUUCAGAGCCAGACGGUCCUGCUGAGCAGUCUGUGUUGUGCAUAGAGAGAGAAGAUGGCACAGUGGGCUGGUCCAGAGAUGCCCCCUUCUGUUCAUCUGACACGACCCCCCACACCCAAGACUGGUGCAGCACAGACCACGGAUGUGAGCAGCACUGCCAGAACACAGACUCAGACUAUUACUGCUACUGUUCUGAGGGUUUUACGUUAGAGGAGGAUGGGUACAGCUGUAAGCCCGAUCCCCUGAGCCAAACUGACUCUCCCUACUCUUCCACCCCGACCGAAGAGCCACAGAUCAGCCAGGCCUGUGUGGCAGCAGGGUGCGAGUACAAUUGCAUGGAAACGCCUCGAGGCGUGCGAUGCACCUGCCCCCCUGGCUAUCAGGUGGGUCCGGAUGGGCGGGGAUGCUCAGACGUAGAUGAAUGUCGACAGCAGCCAUGCCCGCAGCUCUGCGUCAACACCCCGGGAACCUUCCACUGCGCCUGUGACCCCGGUUACCAACCCGACAACGAUGGCGAGUGUGUGGAUGUGGAUGAGUGCCUUGAUGAGGGCAGCUGUGAGGGCAGCUGUGAGAACACAGUGGGCUCCUUCACGUGUCUGUGUCACCCCGGUAAUGAGCGUGGAAGUGGAGGUGAGUGUGUUGACAUUGACGAGUGUGUCGGUGAGUCGCCCUGUCAGCAGCAGUGCCUCAACUACGUGGGAGGGUACCAGUGUUACUGUGACUAUGGAUAUCACCUGCAGUCAGAUGGACUAUCUUGUCAGCCUUCCCCCGAGGAUGAAGAGUAUUCCACUCUGACCCCUGACCCCACCGACAUCGUCAAUGACCCUGACUUUGACUCAAAUCCCAACGACAACCCAUACUCCCACCCUAACUCUGAUUCAAACUCUAACCACGACAUUCCCUGGUCCACCUCAUUCACCCCUGACCCCAACUUUGAACCAGACCCUGACUUUGACACUGAUUGGCUGACGGAGCCCCCUGGUAAACUUACCCCUGACAUUGCUCCCCCUCCUUGGUCGGACGAUCAUUUGAACCAAUGGGAUGCCCUCUCACCCAGACAACAUCACACAGACCCACCCCCGAUACAACAUGACAGCACUGGCAACCAGUUAGAUAAUGAGGCUGAGGCUAAGACAGGGACCAGAGAGGUUGGGGGUGGAGCUGGGUCAAAGGCUGUAACCAGAGCAGAUAUUGAUACUGCAAAUGGGUCUGGGUCAAAUACUAAUAUUGCAGUUAAGGCUGGGGCGGAAACAGGGACUGAGUCUGUGUCUGGUGAGGCUGAAACGGAUGGGGAGACUGGUACAGGGUAUAUCGGUGGUACUGAGGAAGAAGGGGCUGAGUCCACUGCCGGAAAACGGAAACAUGACAAGAGCUGGCUGCUGGUGGCUCUGCUGGUUCCUCUAUGUGUGUUCCUCGUGGUGAUGCUUGCUUUGGGAAUUGUCUACUGUACUAGCUGUGCUGUAGACAAAAGCCAAAGCUUCUCGGACUGCUACCGCUGGAUCCUCCCCACUACGCCCCCUGAGGGGAGGGACACUAAGCCCCAAGCAUGAAACGAGAAUAAACAAACAAACAAACAAACAAAAACAC